CUGAACAGGUGGCUAAAGCUGGAAUCCUAACAGUAACAACACAGAAUUCUUUGACAUGUCAGACUACCUUUGGUUUGAAGGAAUACCUUUCCCUGCUGUAGGGUUUGAAAAAGAAAUAAUUCAAGAAGCUUGUGAUAAGUUUGUGAUCAGAGAUGAAGACACAGUCAUAAUUACUUACCCCAAAUCAGGAACUAACUGGCUGAUUGAGAUUGUCUGCUUGAUUCAGAACAAGGGGGAUCCCAAGUGGGUCCAAUCUGUGCCUAUCUGGGAACGUUCACCCUGGUUAGAGACAGAAGUUGGACAUAAAAUAUUACUGAAUAAGGAAGGACCACGCCUCAUCAGCUCCCACCUUCCCUUCCAUCUUUUCCCCAAGUCCUUCUUCAGUUCCAAGGCCAAGGUGAUCUAUACCAUCAGAAAUCCCAGAGAUAUUCUUGUGUCUGGUUAUUUUUUCUGGUCUAAGACAAACCUUGUUAAGAAUCCAGAAUCACUGAGAACUUAUUUUGAAUGGUUCCUCAAAGGAAAUGUGUUAUAUGGAUCAUGGUUUGAGCAUACUUUUGCCUGGCUAUCCAUGAGAGAAAGAGACAACUUCCUGCUACUGAGCUAUGAAGACAUAAAAAAGGACACAAAGAGCACCAUAUUGAAGAUCUGUGACUUCCUAGGAAAGAAAUUAGAGCCAGAUGAGCUGAAUAUGGUUCUCAAGUACAGCUCCUUUGAAGCCAUGAAAGAAAAUAACAUGUCCAAUUUUAGUAUCAUCUCAGAAGAUGUGAUUACUAAUGGUUUGGUUCUCUUGAGAAAAGUCUUUUUUGCUUCAAAUCCACAUCCAUCACUGUUAUGCUGGGUAUCAUCCCAAGAACUAAUUUUUCCUCAUUUGCACAAUGGGAACAAGGCUAAUACCAUACUCACUCAUUCAUGAAUGCUUUCAACAAUUCCAUACUAAGCACGACUGGGGACUGGAAGAAUCACUUUACAGUAGCCCAAGCUGAAGCCUUUGAUAAAGUAUUUCAUGAGAAAAUGGCCGGUUUUCCUACAGGGCUUUUUCCAUGGGAAUAAGUUGUUAACACUUUUAAAUCAUAUUUGGACACAGGGGUUUAUUUUACUGUCCUUAUACAUGUAAAUGCCUGGAUGCAGUCACAGAAUAAAUCCUGUUAUUGAAA